UGUCGGAUCGGGGUGCCCCAACAAGAGCAUGGAGCGCCUCCUCGCUUUUCGUGCUAGGUUGGAUCAUCUGACUGACAAUGAGGUGAACUGGCUACCGUACCGAGUUGAUCCAGCACGACGCGUGCCUGCUACUCUUUUCAUUGGCUGCAUCCAGUAUCGUAGCAUCAUUGAGCCAUAUAUGCCUGAUCGAGUGGUUCGACAGCUUGGAUACGUUCAGGGCAUUCCCCCAGCCAUCAUCAGGCCUGAGAAGGCAAGGAGGCCGACGAACUUGAAGAUGUAUCGAGUUGAAUUUCCGUCAGAGAUGACAUCUAUGAUGUGGACUCGGUUUGUUCCCGGUAUGUCUUUCAGUGUGGUGUUAUGUGCCCUGAGCAGACUUGGUGGUGGUGGUCCUACGGUCGGUCCUGGGUACAUGCAGUGGCUAUACCGAUUUUCUCAUCCUCGUGUUUCUCCAGUUGCGUCAUCGCAUGAGAGUCGCACACUGCCAGAGAGAACUAACACGGAUUACUGGAUGGGUCGGUCCAUGGAGGUCAUCAACAGGACACUGGAGGAGUAUCCGAGCUUGUCGCAGGAUACAAGAGUAAUGGCUGAGGCGCUACGAGCUGACUGGAGGGCGAUGAUGGGGUUGUAAACUUGAUUUUUUUUGUAUUUAUUCGUCAUGUACUUUAAGGACUGAACAACUGUUUUUGUUUUGUUGUUGAAACUUUGUUUUGUUAAGUUAAUUUCUUUACGAAUUACAUUUCUA